ACCAUGGCUGAAGUGAACCCGAAGGCCUACCCGCUCGCGGACGCGAACCUCUCCGUGACGAUCCUGGACCUCGUGCAGCAGGCCUGCAACUACAAGCAGCUCAAGAAGGGCGCGAACGAGGCGACGAAGUCGCUGAACCGCGGCAUCGCCGAGUUCAUCGUGCUCGCCGCCGACGCCGAGCCGCUCGAGAUCCUGCUCCACCUCCCGCUCCUCUGCGAGGACAAGAACGUGCCCUACGUCUUCGUCGCGUCGAAGCUCGCGCUCGGCCGCGCGUGCGGCGUGAGCCGCCCCGUCAUCUCCUGCUCCGUGACGUCCAACGAGGCGUCCCAGCUCAAGGACCAGAUCCUCACCAUGAAGGACAAGAUCGAGCAGCUCCUCAUCUAGCGAGGCGGGGACCGCCGCGCCGCCCGCCCGUGCCCCCCGACCGGAUCUAGCGCAGAGAUGAUGGUUGCCUAAGCUCCCCGAUCUC